CUCUUGUACUGAGCACACUCAGCAUGCCAUAUGAAAAAUCUCUUUCCCGUGUCUUCCUAUCUCGUUGGAUUGGAAGCUCCUUGAGAACAGAGGUCUCCGUGACUUAUUGAUGUGGUGCUCCCAGAAACUGGCAGGAAGUAACAACAGGUUACCCUGGUGGGGCAUGGUGAUGAGUGAGCAGACCCGGCACCUGUAGACCAGGAUGGAGCACUGUUCCCAGGAGGGCAGGACAUGGUGUCCUCCCGUCCCCGCAUAGAAUGACUGCCCUGGGGGGGUGGUUCCCUGGGUCCUGGCCGAGCUGCUGACCCUCAGCCUGCGAACCGCCAAGAGUACCAGGACUCCAGACUCUCCUUGUGGAUGGUCCCCUGCCCUGCAGCUCCACCAUGAGGCUCCUCGUGGCCCCCCUUUUGCUAGCGUGGGUGGCUGGUGCCACCGCCACUGUGCCCGUGGUACCUUGGCACGUGCCCUGCCCCCCUGGGUGUGCCUGCCAGAUCCGGCCCUGGUAUACCCCUCGAUCGUCCUACCGCGAGGCCACCACCGUGGACUGCAAUGACCUAUUCCUGACGGUUGUGCCCCCAGCACUGCCGGCAGGCACGCAGACCCUGCUUCUGCAGAGCAACAGCAUCGUCCGCGUGGACCAGAGUGAACUGGGCUACCUGGCCAAUCUCACAGAGCUGGACCUGUCCCAGAACAGCUUCUCAGACCCCCGAGACUGUGAUCUCCGUGCCCUGCCCCAGCUGCUGAGCCUGCACCUGGAAGAGAACCGGCUGACCCGGCUGGAAGACCACAGCUUCGCGGGGCUGGCCAGCCUGCAGGAACUCUAUCUCAACCACAACCAGCUCUACCGCAUCGCCCCCAGGGCCUUCGCGGGGCUCAGCAACCUCUUGCGGCUCCACCUCAACUCCAACCUGCUUCGGGCCGUUGACAACCGCUGGUUUGAGAUGCUGCCCAGCCUGGAGAUCCUCAUGAUUGGCGGCAACAAGGUGGACGCCAUCUUGGACAUGAACUUCCGGCCCCUGGCCAAUCUGCGCAGCCUGGUGCUCGCGGGCAUGAGCCUGCGGGAGAUCUCUGACUACGCCUUGGAGGGGCUGCAGAGCCUCGAGAGCCUCUCCUUCUACGACAACCGGCUGGCCCGUGUGCCCCGGCGGGCGCUGGAGCAGGUGCCGGGGCUCAAGUUCCUAGACCUGAACAAGAACCCACUCCAGCGAGUGGGGCCCGGGGACUUUGCCAACAUGUUGCACCUCAAGGAGCUGGGGCUGAACAACAUGGAGGAGCUGGUCUCCAUUGACAAAUUUGCCCUGGUCAACCUCCCCGAGCUGACCAAGCUGGACAUCACCAACAACCCUCGGCUCUCGUUCAUCCACCCCCGAGCCUUCCACCACCUGCCCCAGAUGGAGACCCUCAUGCUCAACAACAAUGCUCUCAGUGCCUUGCACCAGCAGACCGUGGAGUCCCUGCCCAACCUGCAGGAGGUGGGUCUCCAUGGCAACCCCAUCCGCUGUGACUGUGUCAUCCGCUGGGCUAACGCCACCAGCACCCGCAUCCGCUUCAUCGAGCCCCAGUCCACGCUUUGUGCUGAGCCCCCGGACCUUCAGCGCCUCCCAGUGCGGGAGGUGGCCUUCCGGGAGAUGACGGACCACUGCCUGCCCCUCAUCUCCCCCCGCAGCUUCCCCCGCCGCCUCCAGGUGGCCAGCGGAGCCAGCCUGGUGCUGCACUGCCGGGCGCUGGCAGAGCCCGAGCCUGAGAUCUACUGGGUGACGCCCGCUGGGGUCAGGCUGACGACCGCCUGGGCGGGCCGCAAGUACCGCGUGUACCCCGAGGGGACCCUGGAGCUGCGGAGGGUGACAGCGCAAGAAGCAGGGCUGUACACCUGUGUGGCCCAGAACCUGGUCGGGGCCGACACGAAGACGGUUAGUGUGGUUGUCAGCCGGGCCCCCCCGCAACACGGCAGAGACAAGGGCUGGGGGCUGGAGCUCCGGGUUCAGGAGACCCACCCCUACCACAUCCUGCUGUCUUGGGUCUCCCCACCCAACACAGUCUCCACCAACCUCACCUGGGCCAGCGCUUCCACCCUCCAGGGCCAUGGGGCCACCGCACUGGCCCGCCUGCCACGGGGCACCCACAGCUACAACAUCACACGCCUCCUUCAGGCCACGGAGUACUGGGCCUGCCUGCAGGUGGCCUUCGCGGAUGCCCACACCCAGUUGGCCUGUGUCUGGGCCAGGACUACAGAGGCUGCUUCUUGCCGCAGAGGCCUAGGGGACCGGCCCGGGCUCAUAGCCAUCCUGGCUCUCGCCGUCCUCCUGCUGGCCGCCGGGCUGGCAGCCCACCUUGGCGUCGGGCAACCCAGGCAGGGUGUGGGUGGGCGGCCUCUGCUCCCAGUCUGGGCUUUCUGGGGCUGGAGCACCCCUUCCGCCCGGGUGGUGUCGGCACCCCUCGUCCUGCACUGGGAUCCAGGGAGGAAGUGGCCCAGGUCCUCCGAAGGGGGGACUCUGUCCCCGCCAUCGUCACAGAGGUCCUGAAGCUCAGCCUGUUCUCAGCAGUAGAGAAAUAACUUGGACUACUUUUUACCAAGAGGGAGGCGAUCUGGGCCAGACGCCCUGCCAGGAAAUUGACCUGGACCCACGUGCUUGAGGCCUGGCAGCUGGACUGAGACAGUCAGCUUCGAGCCCCAGGGGGUGCCUCUGCAGCCUCCAGGAACCGCCUCACCUUCAGGGGGCACCUCGGCUGCAUUCUGAAGAGCGGCUCCAAGGAGCAGGAAGGACUCUGGCUCGAGCCGCCUACCUCCCCAGUUGUCUUUCUGCCCGGAGAGUCCUGGGCCUCUGCCUGGAUGUCCCCUGCCUGCGUCCCCAGGCCCCUGGCCCACAGGAGGCACUCCCUCCUCUUCGCUGUCUCUGUACAGUCUCAGUUGCUUGCUCUUUCCGCCCCUGGGCAAGGGCUGAAGGCCUCUCCUCCUGACCUGGGGGGGAGCUGCUCCCCACGUGGGCCGCCCCCCGGCCCUCGCUGGAUUGGAAGGAUGCAUGGAAGAGGGACACCCAGGAACAGCUCUGCCCAGCAGCCAGCUCACUCUGAUGGUGACUUUCUGUAGGCAAUUUUGUACCUUCGUGGAGAAACGUGUCGCUUCCCCUCAAUUCAGUUUUGCUCCUGUUUUGUAAAAAAUAAAAAUAAAUAAGAAACACAA